CGUGAGUCUCACGCCGAAUGCGUGAGAGUUGGCAGCCUUGCUAUUUAUAUAUAUAGUUUACUGUUGAGUCACAUAUCUCCCGCUUUAACCAGUAAGGGGCGUUGCAUAGCACGUGGCACAUGACGCUUCCCCAGAGUCCCUCCUCCGUGCGAACAGACCUCUGUUUGUGAGGAGUCUCAGUGGGAGAGCCGGGAUUAUACAUUGUUUCGUCUUAAAGUGGACACUUUGAGCUGUAGAAACUCCUGAACACGUUCAACAUGGCUGACUCUGACGGAAAGUUUUGUUUUGCCAUCGACCGUGGUGGAACCUUCACUGACGUCUUCGCUCGUCUGCCAGACGGAAAAGAGCGAGUGAUGAAGCUUCUGUCUCACGACCCACAGAACUACAGAGAUGCUCCCACAGAAGGCAUCCGCCGCAUACUGCAACAGGAAACAGGACAGAGUUAUCCCCGUGAUGAGCCGUUGGACCCGUCUCUGAUUGGCUGGAUCCGCAUGGGCACAACGGUGGCCACCAAUGCGCUGUUGGAGCGAAAGGGUGAAAAGAUGGCACUUGCUGUGACUCGUGGCUUUAAACACCUACUGCACAUUGGCACACAGGCUCGACCCAACCUCUUUGACCUGGAAGUUCGAGUGCCUGAUGUGCUUUAUGAGGAGGUUAUAGAAGUGGAUGAAAGAGUUGUCCUGAAGCAAGAUGGUUGCCUCAUUCCGAGCAAAGAACCGAAGCAGACCGUCAAAGGUAGUACAGGUGAGAGUUUGGAGGUAUGGACUGAGUUGGACCUGCAGUGUGUGGAGAGAGAUCUGAAAGCUGUGCUUUCUAAGGGAAUCACCAGCCUGGCUGUGCUGCUGCUGCACUCAUACAUGUACCCAGAUCACGAGCAGGCAGUAGGCUCUCUUGCUCGGCGGCUGGGUUUCACUCAGGUGUCUCUAUCGAGCGAGGUGAUGCCGAUGAUCAGAGCUGUGCCUCGUGGCUACACUGUGUGUGUAGAUGCCUACCUCACACCCAAAAUUCACCAGUACAUCAACGCCUUCACCUCUGGCUUCAAAGGACGACUCGCCGGUGUGGACGUACUGUUCAUGCAGUCGGAUGGAGGUUUGACUCCUAUGGAUCAUUUCUACGGGUCUCGGGCGGUACUGUCUGGCCCAGCUGGAGGAGUCGUGGGUUAUGCCCUCACUGCUUACACCAACACACACCACACACCUGUCAUCGGCUUUGAUAUGGGAGGUACCUCUACAGAUGUGAGUCGCUAUGCUGGCCAGUAUGAACACGUUUUUGAGUCUACGACAGCUGGGGUUACGUUACAGGCACCUCAGCUCGACAUCAACACCGUCGCAGCAGGAGGAGGAUCUCGACUUUUCUUCAGGUCUGGGAUGUUUGUUGUGGGCCCUGAGUCAGCUGGUGCUCAUCCUGGUCCAGCUUGUUACCGAAAAGGGGGUCCUCUCACAGUCACAGAUGCCAAUUUAGCUCUUGGCCGUCUCCUUCCUUCAUUCUUCCCUCACAUCUUUGGUCCUGGAGAGAACGAGCCUCUAUCCAUAGAUGAAACCAUGAUCCGUUUCCAGAAGCUCACCAAAGAGAUCAACCACUUCCUCUCGACCAGCCAAUCACAAUGCGAUGGAGACAAUCACGCAAAUAGUGACAUGUCAAUAAGUGGCAAAUCAGAAAUGAGCGUGGAGGAGGUUGCCAUGGGAUUCAUCAGAGUUGCUAAUGAAGCAAUGUGUCGACCAAUCAGAGCACUGACCCAGGCGAAAGGCCACGAUACAUCUCAGCAUGUGUUGGCGUGUUUUGGAGGAGCAGGCGGGCAACACGCAUGUGCCAUUGCACAAUCACUGGGCAUGAAAACCGUCUACAUACACAAGUACAGUGGAGUUUUAUCAGCGUAUGGUUUGGCUCUAGCAGAUGUUGUAGAGGAGGCUCAGGAGCCUUGUUCUCUGCAGUAUAACAAAGACUCUUACUCAGAGCUCGACACCCGGAUCCGGCAACUCUCACAGCGCUGUCACGACACACUGAGGAAACGGGGAUUCAACAGUUCUCAGAUCAGUGUGGAUGUUUUCCUGCACAUGCGUUACAAGGGAACAGACUGCGCUCUCAUGAUCAGCGCCAGUGAUGCACCAGCUCACGCUCAGUCCUGCUGUUCCGGAGACUUCCUUACUGCCUUCACCGCACGCUACAUGAAGGAGUUUGGCUUCACCAUCGCCGACAGACCCAUAAUGGUGGAUGACAUUCGUGCUCGUGGAUCAGGAAAAUCUGGAAUCAGGACAACGGCAAAGGCUCAGACAGGAAGUCAGCCACCAAAAGUGACACAGAUGACCAAGUGUUACUUUGAGGACCGAUAUCUGGACACAAGCUUGUAUCUGUGGGAGGACCUGUCAUGUGAGCACAGCAUAGACGGACCAGCGAUCAUCAUCGACAAGAACAGCACCAUCCUGGUGGAACCGGGCUGUUCGGCCCGUCUGACUCCAAGCGGAGACGUGUGUAUAGACGUGGGAACCAACAGCAAGUGUGUUCUGGGGACGGAACUAAAUGCAGUGCAGCUUUCCAUCUUCUCUCAUCGCUUUAUGAGCAUUGCAGAACAGAUGGGCCGUGUCUUACAGAGGACAUCCAUCUCCACCAACAUUAAGGAGAGGCUGGAUUUCUCUUGCGCUGUGUUUGGGCCUGAUGGAGGUCUGGUGUCAAACGCUCCUCACAUUCCUGUGCACCUGGGAGCCAUGCAGGAGACCGUACAGUACCAGUUAAAGACAAUAGGCAGCACUCUGAAGGAGGGAGAUGUGAUACUGAGUAAUCACCCGUGUGCUGGAGGAAGCCACCUGCCCGACCUCACCGUCAUCACACCGGUGUUUCGUGAUGGCGUGAGCAGCCCGGUGUUUUUCGUAGCCAGCAGAGGGCAUCAUGCUGAUAUCGGCGGCAUUACUCCAGGCUCGAUGCCCCCUCACUCCACCUGUCUCCAGCAGGAGGGGGCGGUCUUCACCUCCUUCAAACUAGUCACUGAAGGAGUCUUCCAGGAGCAGGCGGUGACUGAGGCUCUCUUGGCUCCUGCUCAAUACCCAGGAUGCUCUGGGACACGUAAUCUCCAUGACAACCUGUCAGACCUGAGAGCUCAGGUGGCAGCCAAUCAGAGAGGGAGUCGGUUGGUGGGGGAGCUGAUCGACAUCUACGGGCUAAAUGUGGUCCAUGCGUACAUGGGCUACAUUCAGAGUAAUGCAGAACUGGCUGUUAGAGACAUGCUGAGAGAGUUUGCACAACGACGUCAUGAGCAAAGUGGCUCAUUAGAUGUGGAAGCUGAAGAUCAGAUGGACGACGGAACACCAAUUAGACUUAGAGUUCAGAUAAACGAACAGGAGGGGAGUGCUGUGUUUGAUUUCUCAGGAUCAGGCCCAGAGGUGUGGGGUAACUGUAAUGCUCCUCGCGCCAUCACUCUCUCUGCUCUCAUUUACUGUCUUCGCUGCAUGGUCGGACAAAACAUCCCUCUCAACCAGGGUUGUCUGACCCCUAUCAAUGUGAUUAUCCCCAUCGGCUCCAUCCUGCAUCCUUCCCAGGAUGCUGCAGUGGUCGGAGGAAACGUGCUGACGUCACAGCGAGUAGUGGACGUCAUCUUCAGAGCGUUUGAAGUGUGUGCCGCAUCACAGGGCUGCAUGAACAACAUCACAUUCGGCAAUGAGAAGUGCGGUUACUAUGAAACAGUGGGAGGCGGAGCAGGGGCAGGGCCAGGCUGGAACGGGAGGAGUGGAGUACACAGUCACAUGACCAACACGCGCAUCACAGAUCCUGAAAUUCUGGAGAAGAGGUAUCCGGUGGUGUUGGAGCAGUUCUCUCUGCGAGCCGGAUCUGGGGGUAGGGGUCGAUAUCACGGUGGUGAUGGUGUGAUCCGGAAGCUUUUCUUCAGGAAUGAAGUGAUUCUGUCAGUGCUGACAGAGAGACGCUCCACACGGCCGUAUGGUCUGCACGGAGGACAGAGUGGAUCAGCCGGAUUGAAUCUGCUACAGCGAGCUGACGGACGAGUGUUAAACCUGGGAGCGAAGACCUCAGUCAGUCUCCAGCCUGGGGACAGGUUUGUUCUUCAUACCCCUGGUGGAGGAGGUUAUGGUAAAGUGGAGGAGGAAGAGGAGGAAAAGCAGCACUCAUCCUCUAAGCAGAGCUGUUUAACUCAAGUAUUCCCUGAGAGAGGGAGUGUGUAUGAGUAUCGCCGAGCUCAAGAGAGCGUCUGACCGGAGAUAUAUAUAUAUAUAUAUAUGUGUGUGUGUGUGUGUGUGUGUGUGUGUGUGUGUGUGUGUGUGUGUGUGUGUGUGUGUGUGUGUUAAGGCCAGUCCAGGUGAUUUUCUAAUUAAUAAAGGGUCAACUUGGAAUUUGCGAGUCGGAAAAACCAAGAAAACUCCUCAACCAGCAAGUGGCAUCAAAUCAAAACAUAGCACUUUAUAUGAUUUACACCGUGCACACAGUUACUGUAGAAGCUCUACAUAUUUACUUGUGAACUCUAGAACACAAACAUUUUAUUAUAUCUUUUCAUGUGACAACACAGAAGAAAUGACACUUUACUACAAUGUACAGUGUACAGUGUACAGCUUGUGUAACAGUGUAAAUUUGCUGUCCCCUCAAAAUAAGGGAAAAUGUGAGGGGUGUACUCACUCUGUGAGAUGAACUCGUACUCAUUUUAUGACUGUAUGCAGUUACAGCUUGUUGCUAGCAGAUGAUACACCUGAAGUCAUGUUUCCUAAUUUGUAGCUUGUAGCACAAGGAAAGUUACAUUCUGACAGAGCAAUUGAACAUUACAAGUAUUUCCAUAGACAGAAACUUAGCAAAAUCUGUUACUAAAUAAUAAUGUUACAUCUGUAAGCGUAUGUUAGGCUAGCAUGUUAACAUGCUAAACUUACCUUGCAGUCUUAAAUCUCGAUCUGUUGUGUAAAUAGGGAAAACUAAAACAGAUCUACCUAUUCCUCAUAUUCUGUCACUUCCAUCCCUCCGACACAGUGUCAUCAUAGUUUAGACUGCUUGUGGUUACCCAAACCACAUCAACCUGAUUUGUGCACAUCUCUUUACACUUCCCUGCUCUCUGUGUUCUGGGCUUCACCUUCAUGUUCUUAUUAAUAAAUUUUUCCAAACCGA